AGGGAUAUGGCGGAGAAGUAAAUGCAUAUAUUGCCACUCAAGGACCAAUGCCUCAUACUGUUCAUGAUUUUUGGUUGAUGAUUUGGAAAGAAAAAACUCCUCUUAUUGUUAUGAUCACAAAAUUAAAAGAAAAAAUGAAAGUGAAAUGUGAACCAUACAUACCAGAUUAUCAGGAUCGUUAUUCUGAUAUAGAAGUUACAGUUAUGCGUGUUAUUCCACGAGAUGGGUAUACAAUUAGAGAGCUAUUUCUACGGAGAGGAAGUGAAACACAUACUGUCCAUCAUUUCUGGUAUACUGCUUGGCCAGAUCAUAAAACUCCUGAGACUGCAAAACAGCUUCUUGCCAUGGCUUUAGAAGUUGAAGCUUUAAGACAUGACAAUUCUGGAGCAAUUAAAGGGCCAAUGGUUGUUCACUGCAGUGCUGGCAUUGGUAGAACUGGCUGUUUUAUUGCAGCAAGUAUUGGGAUUCAGCAGCUUUUGGAAGAAAAUAUGAUUGAUGUCUUAGGAAUUGUUUGUUCUUUGAGAUUAGACAGAGGAGGAAUGGUACAAACUGCUGAGCAGUAUGAAUUUGUACAUCAAGCUUUAUGCAUAUUUGAGUCUACAUUGCCUGAAGAAUCUGGUGAUUGAGAUGUUCAGCUGAGCUCAAGUUUGAUUCAUACAUAAAUUGUGGAGUUGUGGUUGAUGUAUUACUUGUGUUUCAGUAUGUGUGAAAGAUGGUUAUUAUGCAUUUGUUAGCCCAGGAGAUGUUGUAUGCUGGUGUAAUUUAUCUCUGAAACACAGGCUUGUUUCAGUCAGUCUUAACGCACACAAUGCUGUUUGUUGAAGGUUGUUAAAUGUGCCACUUUUAUAUGCAUUAGAUAAAAGAUAACACUAUUGAGUGUUCAUUAAAUGUAAAACAGUUUAUUCAUAUUAAUGCAUUUUCUCUUAAAUUAAGCAUUUUAAAUUUAAUGUUUAAGAUAUUGUAUCAUAGUCUGGUUGUAUGAAAUGUUUUAUCUGUUGGAAAAUUACAGUAUAAUGAAUGUUGAAAUCUGUGAUUUGUCUUGUCAGUGUCAUAUUGUUGACUUUUUUUGCCAUUUAAUUUUCUAAAAUGCCAAGAAAAUAAAUAAAUAAAUAAAAUCUGCGUAGAAUGCAUUUUUAAUUAGCUUGAAUAUAAUAUUAGAAGUUAACAUGUAUUAUCAUAUUUUAAUUUUCAGCUUUGUGUGUUUAUCAUAAUUUUGUUUAAUAAUAUGUUCUCUUGUUGUUUUAUUUUGUUUUAUGAAAACUUUAUGGAUGAUUUCAUAAAUGCAAAUUUCCUUAAAUCCUUUGAUUGUAAUUUGUUAUAUAAAAAUGACUUUUCAUUGUAAUUUUUUAUAGUAUUAUGUAAUUUUUGAAUCUGUAGAACUACUUUUAACAUUAUCUGGUGUUUUUCUGAAAAAUAUGUUUGGGGCAUUAGGUAAGCAUGUAAAUAAAUAUUUUUGUAUGUUAUUCUGAAGAACUUAAGGUACAGUUUUUGACAUAUUUUUCUGUAGUACAGUUUUCUGUUAGUUUGACAGUUUAGUACUUUUGUAAACAGUUUGAUGUAUUUAUCAUAUGUGCGUAAAAGAAUGAUUUCAUGUUUGUUCAAGUUUAUCUUGUUAAAAAUAUAAUAAAAUCACCUUCAUUUAAAUUUGAGGAUUUGAUUAAUAUUCUAAAAAAUUAGCUAAGAACCAAUUUUUUAAAGCAAACAUGCAAAAGAAAAGUUUGCUCUUUUAUACUGAAUAUUAAAUGUAAUUGAUAUCAUAGACUUCUGUAAUUAGUAAAAUCAAGAAAUUAUAAUAUUUCAAUAAAGUAGCUUAAUUUUUAAUAAAGAAAUUGUGGUUAAAAUUCAGUAUUGGUUUGUUGAACAAUAUCUUUCUUGCAAAUAUUUUUAGAAUAGAGUGGAUUAUGAUAUAUCAAGUCUAUUUACAUUAGCCUUCUUCGUGGAGGACGUUUUUAGGAAAAGUGCAAAAAUUUAAGUAUAUUUGCAUAACUUUUCUUUAUGCGAAGUUGUUGGUUUUUAAUGACUGGUAUUCUGAUUUUUGAAAAUUUCUGCAUCAUAUCCAUUUGAUAUCUUCAUUGGAUAUUUCUCAUGUCAUAUUUUACAAAUAUGAUUUUCAAAAUGCUCAGUUAUAUAUAUUUAGUUUCAUCUCAUAAAUUAAUUUUUAAUUUGGAAACUGAAUUGUAAAGUAGUUGUGGAAAUUGUGGCCUGUUGUAUUUUGUUGCACUCUUUCCUUGUAUAUCAUAUAGCAGUUCGUUAAAAUCAUUUUUUUUUGCCUGAAGUUGUGAUUACUUUCAUGUUAAUGCAUUAUUGUAUUCUAUAAAUUUCAAAGAAUCUGAAAAUUUUUGUUGCUUUACACAGUAUUUAAUUUUAUUUCAAGUAAGUAUUAAUAUUAGAUUUUGAGUAAGUUUGUACUGGACUUUUUCAAAAAUUGCUCUGUUUUGUAUUCUUUUUACAAAUUCUUUUUCUCUGUUUUCGUAAGCAGUUUAGUGUGGUUAUAAUAUUUAUUUGCUUACCAAUAUCUUAAACAGAUUAUUUUUAUUAUUUAUUUAUAUUCAAAUUUUAAAAGAUAUAGUAUAAAUAAUAAUCAAAUUUAUUAUAUGUAUAUAUUAAAUAUUUAAAAUUAUUUGGAUCGUUUUAAAAUUUACUUAUUAAUUAUAAUUACAGUCUGCUAAGCAUAAAUUAAAAUAUAGGCCUUAACAUAUUUAGUACUGUCCUUUCUUUAGAAAUACACGUUAACUGAAUUCUUCGUGAAUCCAACUAAUGUGCUAUAUCUUAAAGCUGUUUCUAUACAACAGGUUGGAAAACUUUUUUUGGAAAGGCCAGAUUGUGAAAAUUUUAGGCUUUGCAGGCAAAAAAAGUUCUUAUGGGAAGUUAUAUUUUUAGAUAAUAUUUAUUCGCAUUCUGACCCUUACCAAAAUAUAUAUAUUUUUUCAUUUAUUACAUAUUAUAGAACAAGUUAAAUUUUGUUCUAAUACCAUAAAAUGAAUUGUUUUUUUCGGAGAUAAUAUUUCAUCCUAUUGGAGGUCUUAUCAUUAGUAUUGAUUGCAAAUGGUCAUCUGAUUGAUAAUGAUCUGUAGUGCAACUUUACAUACUUCAUUUUUGAAAAUGCUCUUUCACGUUGGUAAGUAUUCUCAAAUGCAGAUAUAAAUUCCCGUGCAUUAAAUUUUAAUUUACCAUUUUUAUCUGCUGAAAGAUAAUUAUAGAAUUAUACUAGAUUCAUUUUUUUAAACAUCAUUUUUAGCAUAUUUGCAGAUCAGUCACUUUGAACUGCAGGUCUGAUAAAAGCUCAUACUUGUCUUUUGCAUUUGCAUCUGAAAAACACUGUUAUAACUAUAAUCUGCAGUUCAGAAAAUAUAUCCACUGCAAAUUUGGGGGGGGGGAUGGAGAUUUUGCUAAUAAAUAUUGUUACAUCAUGGAAAGUGAUCAAACUUUGUUAAUUUGAUUUGUAUUUCAAACAGUGCAAAUUUUGAGUUGAAAAUCUCAUUAAACUUUUCCAUUGUGACCCAUUAAACUACUUUAUGGUAGAGCAAAUCAGGAUGUAUGGUUUUGAUUUCUAAUAAAAAAUCAUGAAGCUGAUGAUGAUUGCAUCCCGAAUAAAAUUAUUUGUUGACACGGUUCAAUAAUGCAUGACAGAUUGAAGUGUUUCCUGCAGAGAGUUUGCUGGUGAAUAAGAUAGUGAAUUUCCAGAAGAUUUUAGUCCUUAGUUUGUUCUCAGUUUUUUAGCAUAUGGCAUCAAAAAUAUGUCCAACUAAUCCUUUACCUAUUCCACUCAUAUAUUUACCACCAUUGGUUCUGACACAUUUCUGUCCAUUGCAAAUUGUAUGGUGUUAGCAUUUCCUUGACUUUCUUAAAGAUACCUUAGAUUUAAUUACAUUCAGGCUCAUAGAUACUAAUUCUUCAGUCUCCUGAAAUUCAGUAUUGAUUCCUCAAAUAAAAGCAACACUUGGGUAGUAUCAGUAAUGUCUGUCAACUCAGAGCAGUUGAGCCAUUGAAAAGCACUACAAUUUUUUUUCCUUGUCUUGUGACUUUAUGUGGCUUCCAGUGUCCUCAAUUCUCCUAACACUUAUUCUCACUAAAAGAUUGGCAGAUUGAAACAAAUCCAUUUUCUGUGGCCAUAUUUCUUCAGCUACCAUAAGCAAUUUGAUUUAAUUAAUUCACCAUUGAUAAAUGGUCUUUCUUUUGUAGCUGAUAAGUAUUGGUAAGCUGACUUCGAUUACUACUGCAUUAUCAUUUUUUACUUUUGCAAAUAAAUUGUGCUGUGAUGAAGCAUUCUGUUCCAAACUUUUCAAUUUCAGCAAUCGUUCAUCUUUUGCAACUCUUGAAUAUUGUGUCACAUGCUUAGCUUCAUAAUAAUAAUGUACUAUACUUUUUUCACACAACUAUUCCGUCAUUACAUCAUAAACAUAAUACUUCGUCAUGUAAUUCUAUGACAAAAUAAUUGACACUCUGUUCUACUGUAAAAGCAUGACAUUUGAAGCAUAAGUCCAUUUUUUUCAUCCUCAAAUUGAUGACUACCAGCAGUUUAGAGCACGUAAUUGCAUUUACUUAAUUUUUUUUCUUGUAAAAAGUAUUAUAUAGACUAAAACAGGUGGUGGGCCGUAGUUUGCCGACCACUGCUUAACGGAAUUCACUAAUUUAUUGUUAAGCAUUUUUUUAAAAAGUUCUUCAUAUUUUUUGAGGAGAUUAUAAUAUGAUAAGAAUUUUUAAAUAUAAAUGCUAACUUUGUAAUAGUAAGAAACUUUUUUAAAGAAAUCGAUCAAAAUCUGUUAUCUCCUGUGUGAAGCCUAUACAUUAUAUUGGGAAUGGAAUUAUUCUACGUUCGCAGUUUCACCAUCAAUGCACAUUUUUCUUUACAUGAUUGUAUUAUUUUAAGUUAAUUUAGUUUAAUAAUUUUGUGUACCUGUUGUAUAUUUAAGAGGUAUUUUUCUUUAUAUGCCUAUAUUAUAUCUUACAAUAUUAUAUUCUUUAGUUUAUUUAAUUUAAUAAUUUUGUUUACUAUUGUAUACUUCUGGCUGUCUUAAAUUUUAAAAGAAAAAGAACCUUUUGCCAUUAAACACGUCUUCUGGAAUUUCUGCAAUAUUACCUAGCAUUAGUGACUUUUUCCCCAGAGAAGAAUUUAUUUGGAAGGGUUUUCUCAGUGUGAUAAUUAGGUGUACUGUAUGUUUAUAAUAGUGUUACAGUAAAAACAGUAGGUCAUCAAUGCAUAAAAGACAGUGGUCAAAAAAUUUUUCAAAAUCGCAAUAUCUCAAAAAACGGCUUCGAUCGAAAUAUAGAAUAGGAGUAUAAUAUGGCAAGGUAUAAUAGUCAUGAAAAAAAAAAA